UAGUGAAUAACAGACCAAUCAGGUCUGUGGGAGUGUCAGAAACGUCCUUAAAGUCAGGGCUGUACCCACAGAGAGGUGAAGUCUGUCCGCAGUGAUGCUUCAUGACCAGAGAACCAUGGCGCUCCUCUUCCUCCUCUCUCUCCUCCUCAUCCAGACUCUGAUCUCAUCUGCUGCUGACGAAACAGUGCUGAAAGUGGAAGAAGACAGAGACGUUGUUUUGCCAUGUUCCCUCAGCUCCAAGGACGAGAACCUUGAGUCAAAGCUAUUUGGCUGGAAGAAAGACCUGAACAUUGAGGUGUUUAUGUACGACAGUGGCCACUAUUAUGGCCACGGUUUUUCAGGUCAAGAUAAACAGUUUGAAGGUCGAGUCUCACAUUUUCAAGAUGAACUGAAGAACGGUAAUGCCUCCAUAAAGAUCACAAAGGCAAAGUUGGCUGAUAGGGGAAACUACACCUGUAUUUUCCCACGUCAGAGUCAGAGUCAGACGUUCCACAUUCAGCUUCUUGUAGAGUGUAUCUUAAAGGACCGAACAGCAGAGAAGAAACCAGGUGCAUGUCCAGAGCCAUAUAUCACACUUGAUGAAACAAACAACAAGGCAGAGCUCCAGUGUAAGGUUCGUGGAGUUUGUAAUGACCUUAAAAUAGAGUGGAGGAACAGCUCUAAUCACAGCCUCUCUGCUACAAAUACAACACACAAAAGAGAAGAUGGCAGCUACGACAUCGUCCUCAAUGCUACUGUGACCAAGUCUGACACCUACCGCUGUGUUAUUACUCAGGAGGACAUUUGUCAUCAGGUUUCCUCUCCACUGAAAGUGGCCAUCAAUGAGCCGUCUACAGAGCCGACCAAAGCUGUGUCCCAUGUUGGAUGGAUCGCUUUGGGUGCAUUUCUAGCUGGUGUUGUUGCUGGAAUUGCUGGUGGAAUUGCUUUUCUAGCCAAGCAUGACUUCACAAAAAAAUCUACAAAAAGACAAAAGGAGGAGAGACCCCUGAAGAGCUCUACUGAUCAAGUCCAAAAUGGAUCCAGUUAACAUGAUCUGAGGUCUGCUGAUGAAGUGUGUUUUUGUUGAUUUCAAAAGUAGGAGGACCAGUUUAAGUUCUCUACAGUACUCUGUGAUGGAGGGGACAUUUUAUUUGUUCCUCAUUUAUGUCAGACAGUUUCAGAGUUCAGACCUCAAACGUCAAACUAAUGUUUGGUUUAGGUCAGAAUAAAAACUGUUUUGGAAGAGCGCAAACAAACCAACAAACUAAUAUGCCUGUUUUUCUGCUUUCAUAUAAAAAUAUUUCAUGUUGCCACGAACAUAAAGCUUUUCUGACAGUGAAAAAGUUUAUAUCAAAUGUUGUCAUAAUAACUAUGAUAUUGCAUGAUUCUGUACCAAAAGAAUAAUCACCACGUGUGCAGCCUUACAUUCUUUGUCACAGUCUGAGGUGUGUCUGAUGUGCUUUUUCAUUUCUCAUUUCACUAGCUCAUUUUUUAUUAAAGGGUUGGCCCUCCCCCACUUGGAGGAAAGUUCCACCGUCCUCUAACUGAUCCUCUCAGCUACCAGCUGAGAUGCUGAGAUGGUACAGAAUGCAGCAGCUCAUGUUUUGACCAGAGUGAAUAAAUAUGAGCAUGUUACUCCAGAGCUGGCCUCUCUUCAUUGGCUUCCUUUUCAAUGUAGAGCAGACUUUAAAGUGCUGCUUCUAACUUAUAAAAUAGUAAAUAACUGCACCAUCGUCCUUGUCAGGGUUGGUAAACCUGUAGGCUAUAUACCUGCAUGUGUUUUGCGUUCCCAGGGGACUGGGUUUUUGAGUGUCCCAAAGGUCCGUAAAAAGACUGUUGGUGAGCGAGCUUUUUCUUCCCAUGCUCCAACAUUGUGGAACAGUCUUCCUGUUUGGCAGGAUCCUCCAAUUGUAGUUUUCAAAGCAACACUGAAGACCCACCUCUUUAUUGUUGUAUAUGAGUCCUGAAUUGUUCGUCUGUUUCUCUAAUGUCCCUUUUUUGUUUUGUUAGUGUGUUUUUAUAUGUUUGUAGUUUUUUAAAUGCUUUUAUUGUCAAGUGUUUUUGUUCUUUUAAAUUUCCAUGUACAGCACUUUGAUUGAAAGCUCUUAAUA